AUGUCAGGGCGAGUUCCGAAAGUCUUCAGAGAAGAAGAAGAAGAAGAAGAAAUCCGAAAGUCUUCAGAGAAGAAGAAGAAGAAGAAGAAGAAGGAGAAUUCCGGGAAAAGAAGAAGAAGAAGAAGAAGAAGAAGAGAAUCCGAAAGUCUUAGAGAAGAAGAAGAAGAAGAAGAAGAAGAAUUCCGAGUCUUUAGAGAAGAAGAAGAAGAAAGAAGAAGAGAAGAGAAUUCCGAAAAGUCUUUAAGAAGAAGAAGAAGAAGAAUUCCGAAAGUCUUUAGAGAAGAAGAAAGAAGAAGAAGAAGAAGAAGAAUUCCGAAAGUCUUUAGAGAAGAAGAAGAAGAAGAAGAAGAAGAAGAAGAAGAAGAAGAAGAAGAGAAUCCGAAAGUCUUCAAGAGAAAGAAGGAAGAAGAAGAAGAAGAAGAAGAAGAAGAAAUCCGAAAGUCUUUAGAGAAAGAAGAAGAAGAAGAAGAAGAAGAAGAAGAAGAAAUCAGAAAGUCUUUAAGAAGAAAGAAGAAAAGGAAAAAGAAGAAGAAGAAGAACCGAAAGUCUUUAGAGAAGAAGAAGAAGAAGAAGAGAAGAAAUUCCGAAAGUUCUUUAGAGAAGAAGGAAGAGAAUUCCGAAAGCUUUAGAGAAGAAGAAGAAGAAAAGAGAAGAAGAAGAAGGAAAGAAGAAGAAGAAGAAACGAAUCGAAAAAAGAAGGAAGAAGAAGAAGAAGAAGAAGAGAAGGAACCUCCCCAAAAAGAAGAAGAAGAAUUCCGAAAGUCUUUAAGAGAAAGAAAGAAGAAGAAGAAAAAAGAAGAAACCGACGAAUCCGAAAGUCUUAAAGAGAAGAAGAGAAGAAGAAGGAAGAAGAAUUCCGAAAUCUUUAGAGAAGAAGAAAAAAAGAAAAAGAAGAGGAGAGAAUCCGAGUCUUUAGAGAAAGAAGAAGAAAAAGAGAAGAAAAAGAAGAAGAAGAAGAAGAAGAUGAAUUCCGAAAAGUCUUUAGAGAAGAAGAAGAAGAAGCAGAAAUCCGAAAGUCUUUAG